UGCGCAGCGUGCAGUAAACACCCAUUAGGACAGACAGACCCAUGUUUUUAUCCUGGAGCAUAAUAGAAACGGAUAUUUCAAUUAUAUUAACAAAAACAGAGAUGAAAUAUGUGAGGAAACUUUACUGGCUGUUACUCUUUGCAGACUUGAAGAUUUAAGGAUCAGGAGCCUUUGACACAUCAUCAUCAUUAUUGUUUACAUCUGACGCUUUUACUGUAAAGUUUGCAGUAAAGAGUGAAAUCAUGCUCGGCGAUGCGUUUGGACAUCGCGCUGAAUCAAGCGUGGGUAAUAUAGCAGUGAAUUUAAACAUAUCUAAAGCCGUGAUCCUGAGGAAGAGAGAAAGAAAUCUUCACAAUAAAGACAACAGAGCCACUGCAAACGUCAGCAAAACCUGUUAUAAACCUCCAACUACCCAGGACCAGACUAAACCAGCCAACAAUAAACAGUCAAAAACAGAAAGUGGUGACAGAGGAAGCCCGUCUGGUCGACUGUCCUUCAACCUGAACAAUUGUAGACGACAAGGCAGACAAAGAAACACACUUACAGGCGAAUGCAUCAAGAAGGUGAACAUUUGUUCUGAGCUCUCAUCGGACACAAACAAGACAUAUGCCGGAGCCAAAUUCAGCGAGCCGCCCUCACCCAGCGUCCUCCCCAAACCGCCCAGCCAUUGGGUGGGAGAGCACGUUCAUCGGCAUGCACCUGCGCAACCCGGAUGCAGCAAAGAGCAAAUGUCCGUGUACCUGAAAGGUUUGUUAAAGCUCCAUGUGAAACCAUGAACAUCUUAGAAAAGUAGAUGGACUGAUAACAUCCUGUUGCAACAGCUACUGAACUUUUGUUAAAAUUGUGUGUUUGAAGAGCGGCCUUUAGUUAAAAAAUUAUUCUAAAGACUGAAGAGUAAAAAAAUUACGAUUUUUUUAGCUUAAAAGUGACAUCAGUUGUGGUGCUGCUGAAGCUGGUUAAGUGAUGUAUCAUGAUGGUUUUAAUGUUGAAUUAAUGCACUAGGAGAUUGUAGAACAAUUUGCACUAGACUCAUAAAAGUCUAUGAAACAUUUUAGAUUGUGUGGUUACAAGAUGAGCUGCUUGUAUGAGGAAUGUUAUGGUAAAAGCCUACCUAUUAAAAUUUGACCUUAUAUUGAAGCACUGUUUAACAUAAGCAGCUACUUGGUGGCAAUCUUCAAGCAUUGAGGUGUUUUGAUUUUCUGACUGUGUUGUGUCUUCGUCUGGACAUAUGAGGUUUUUCUCUCACUGCCAAUACUAUAUGUUUUACCAGUAAUUGUAAAAUCUGCAUUAGUUAAAACACCAUAAAACAACAGAUCCAAUUGUAAAAAUAUCUUUUAAUUGUUGUUUUCUUUCUUUGGAUAUAAAUUAUAUAAAUAAAGACUGUUACUCCCUACAAUUUUUAUUUUAUUUUGGGUUCAAGCUGUUGAUGCCUUCAGUAAGUCUUAAAUGUUCUAGGCUAUUUACAUAAAUACAUUGCAAAAGUAUUUAGACCUUUAAACAAUUCUCCCAUCUUCAUUAGAGUCCAGUGCUUGUCCUUCCUAUAUGCAAAUUACACAAUUUGGAUAGGCCCCCGCACCACUCCCCUAGUGAUCUAAAAAAUAUGCAAAUACCAUUAUACCAAAUCACAAUGAACAUUAUGUUUAAUGUAAACACGACGCUAUAAUUUAAUAAUUUGCAUACGUUUGGAUUUAUGUGGUUUUUAAAAAUACUUAAUGAUUUCUUAAAUCACUGAUUUGUACUCCGACAACAUGCAGGCCGUUUCCCAAUCCAAAUGUUGCAGCCUUUAUAGGUCACAUUUGUAGACUGCAUACGUGCAAAACGCGUAUUUCAGAGUAAUAACAAUUAUAAAGUUGACUAAUAUUCUUAGUUAAUAGCAAAUUGAUAUUACAUGCUUAUGACUUGCAAAAGGAAUGCUCAGUUAAAAAAAAGUGUCCUUUAAAUGCAAAUUAGUUGAUCUCUGCACUAAAUGGCAGUGCUGUGGUUGGAUAGUGCAGAUUAAGGGGCGUAUUAUCCCCUUCUGACAUCACAAGAGGAGCCAAAGUUACUGGUUGAUCUUUUUCACAUUUUUUGGUUGAUAAAAACACUGGGGACCCAAUUAUAGCACUUAAACAUGGAAAAACUUAGAUUUUCAAGAUGCGUUUUUUUUGUUUGUUUGUUUUUUUUUUUUUUUUUUUUUUAGAAUUUUUUUCCUUUUGCAUCUUUCUUUGUUUCUCAGUUGUUUUCUGUUGAUGAACAAACAACAUAAACUCUACAGUACCCAUAAACCCAUUCAUCCCUCUUGAACAAUAAUUUGGUUAUAUUACAUUAUGAAUACCGGUAUAAAAAAACAGAAACAUCAUUUUAUUAAUUCUCAAAAUCGUUUCCUAAAAUGAAUUCUGAAUGAACCAGCUGUCUUGUACAUGGACAUGAUGAAUUGAUUUCUUUAAGAUUUGAAGUGUUUCACAUUAUAACAGAAUAAACAGACCAAUGUCCAAAAACACAUCACCAAAAAAAGAGCAACAAAUAAUCAAGUCUGUAAUUAAAUUAAACAAAGAAUCAAUUAUAUUGAAACAUUGACAUUUUUUUUCAAAUUUACCAGUAUUUGUAAAGUGGACACACCCCACCAUUGUGCAGCACUAUAGUUACUUUUUGUCUUUUUUUUUAACUCGCACAUCUAACACAAUAGCAUCUGUUGUCUGUAUUAAUAAUUUGUUACUCUUGUCCUUGCCUAAUGUUUGUAAUAUACUGCAUAUAGACGGUUUCAUCGGACCGAACUUUACUUCCGGUUUAGUUUUUUUUAAUGGUCUGACUAGUGGCUAAACUGAUCUCUUGAACAAAUGCCUCGUCGAAAAUAACAAAUGUU